GAGUUUCGUAAUCUGUGGAUAUAUUCAGUACAUAAAUAAAGAAAGACAAGCUUAGGAUACUUGUCCUUAUUUAUGUUCAUUCAGGUCAUCUUUUAUAUAAUAAAUUGCAAAUAAUAAUUAUAUUUUAAUUUCAACUUAAUGUGCUUUUAUAAUUUAAACCGAUGUUUGAUUUCAAAUCCACACAGGAAAUUUUACAUGCAAGUUUUUGACUGCUUUCGACCUAAGGAAUUUCCCGUUUUCAGCUAAACGGUUCGUGCUUUUCAGCGUGAAUUAUUAAAAACAAAUGUUAACUUUGCCUCCCUGUAGGACAACAACGAAGCCCUUUUCAAUAUGUUUUUAGGAUUUUCAUCUUAAAAUUGUAUUUUCUAAUGACCGUUAAAGUAUUGCUACGAUAAACUGACUCACCCUGUAUGUCUCAACUCAACUUACAACUUUGCGAACAUUCGUUGGUUGACGUUUGGCCAAUUAAAAUUAUGAUUGGUUUCCUCGGUUACUGAUUAAUACUUCAAACAAACCGAUUUAUUGAUUAAUCAAAGCAGGACUCAAUAACGCAGAAAACUAUUUGCUGUCUGCAAAACAAUUCAAGUAAAAUGGAGUGCGAUUUGCUGCUGAAAGAAGACGAAUUUUACAAAGAAAACAAUAUAUUAGAGGCGAAAACCAAGGAAAUGCUGCAAAAAGUAAACGACGUAAUG